AUCUCCUUUUGAUUUGAUUCUGAUAUGAUAGAAUGUGGCAGUGAUGAUGGUGUUGUGCAUUUGAGCAUUGAGUAGUGAGUGAGGAGGCGCACGGUGGCGAGGCGUCGUUUUUGUUGACGCAGCCAUCUUGUUUGCUGUAUUGCCCCUCUCAGUGUGAAUGCCAACCUGAGCCUCCUUUCGAUCUCAUCAUUGGUUUAAGUAUGAGGCUUCAGCUCUCAAUGCCUAUGAUUACUUCCCCUCUCUCCAUUCCAUUUCCCAACCUACAAGCAUCAACAACAACAACAACAAAAUUCAAACACACAAACCAUUCCCUCUCUUUUUUUCUCUCUCUUUCCUUUCAAAGUUAAUGUUAUUGCAUCUGCUUCUGCUUGUACUCUCAUCAUAUAGUACUACUACUUUUUCUUCUUCAUCUUCUUGUUAUUAUUACGAGGCAGUGAUGAUGUUCUCUUCAAUUGGAACAGACGUAUGAGUAGGGGGUUAAGAGGGGUGUGUGUGAUGGCGAGGUGACUCAGUGCAGUGUCUGCCUGCCUGUUGACGCAGCCAUGCAUGCAUGCAUGCCUUCCCCGAUUUCUUCUUGUCUGACAAAUGGCGAAUCUGAGCCUCCUCCUUCAUUCCCAAUACUCGCUUUUCCUUUCCCUUUCUCCCUUUCAUUCUUAGCAAUCAUGGACAACCAAGCACCAACAUUCCUAACUUUAUUUAUUUAUGUAUUUCAAUUUUCACACUACUUGUUUCAUGAAUGGUUUUCUUGUCUUUCUUACUGUUGUUCAACUAUUACAUCUUGCUCAAGUUCUCCACUUUCCUCUCAGCUUGCAGUUACAUGAUUUUGACUUUCCCGCUUUCCUCUUUAUACCGUUUUUGUGGAUUGGGAAUAAAGAUCCUAUCCUGAGAUUAUUUGGUGUGAGAACUGGUAUGGUUGGAUUACACAAGGUAGAAAUGAUGUCGUCUUUAACCACCAGAGAUUAUUUUAACAUAUCAUUGGGCUGAGUUUCUCAUAACUUUGUUAGUUUCAUUACCCCUCUCUUGCCAAGGUCAUUCGAAGUGUCAGCAGGAGUCCCUGCACGUUGCGUAAAGAGAGACAGUUAUGAGAAGAAAGAACAGAUGUAUUCUGAUUGAAAGGAAGGAAUAAAGGAACGGAGUAUUGGAACCGGAGACGGCAAAGGCGGUGGUUCCGUCAAUGUGUACUUGCUUUGCAGCUAUCCAAAUAUGGGCCUCAUACAUGAGCAAUGCCUAUGGGAUACCCACCAAACACCUAAUGUAUUAACAUAAAGGUUGGUCUUGUUAUUGGUAAAGGUGGGGAAACAAUAAAGAAUAUGCAAGCUUCCACUGGAGCUAGAAUACAUGUGACACAUCCACGGAAAGAACAGUAAAAAUUGAAGGGAACCCUGAACAAAUUGAGUCUGCAAAACAAUUGGUUAAUCAAGUCAUCAGUGGCGAGCUUCCAAGCUUCAUCAACGAUCUGCAUAGGGAGCUCAGCCUUGCCUUCAAAAAUAUGAGCGUUUCUAGCUUCCCAUAUGUGCCACAAAAGGUAGGCUGCUUGCAGAAUCAUCUUUUUUCCAUCUCCAUGGGUCUGUGUCUUGGUUCAAGUUGGGGAUUGCUAAUCCAUCCAGAGUUCUGCCAUAUCAAAGAGGACUGAGGACAAUUAAUCAAGCAAUGAAAUUGGAAGCAAAAUAUUUAUGGCAACGCAUGAGAAGACAAAGGUGAAAGCUCUUCGCAAAUAAGUAGAUUUUGGACUUUGCACUACAUCUCAAAUUUUAUCGGAGACAAAGAAAGGAAGGCGAAAGUUUGAGGUUUUACAAUCGCCAGUCUCAGUUUUGCGCAAUUUCUGUCCCUGCACGCCAACUGUACGGUGUUUUGCUUCUUUGAGAGCCUUAACAUUUUGGGUCGUGCUAUUCUAAUGUAAACGGAGCCAUCCACUUCUGUAUCCAAAACUCCGAAGAUGGUGUUCUUCCUCUCAACAAGCGCUGCUUCCUUAUACAACAAACGAUUUCUGUUGAGAAAAUCCAGUUUCUGGUUCAAGUAUCUCACCACCAUUCCCAAUAAGGAUGAUGGCCAUGGAGCUGCAUCUGUGCCACCUUCUGAGAGCUCCACUACCCUUCAUCUUUCACCAUUUUUAUCCAAUUUUGAUCACCCUCCAAGUGGAUAUAACAUAGAGCUUGUAGAUGGUGAUGCUUGGGGUGUCUCGUCUGGGGUGGCACAAGCCUGGCCAGGAAGGCAUUCGGCUAGAUCAGCAGCUACUACAUUUGCACACCAUGGUAUUGAUGAACCCGAUGAUUGUAACCCCUCUCAUGUUGAGGAUGACAUGGAUUUGGAAGAUAUGGAUAACAUGAGGGUUCGCGGGAAUCUGUUCUAUAAGCUCGAGCGCAGUUCCAAGGAGUUUGAAGAGUAUAAUUUAGAGUUUCACAGCAAGAAAUCUUCCAAGAAGAAAGACAAGAACAAGAAGGAAAACACUAAGGAAGCAAAGAAAGCUAAAGAGUGUCCAAAUCCAAAUGUGACUUCCAAUUCCAAAGAUAAGCUUCCGAAAGAUCAUAUCGCAACAAGAAGCAGAAUUUUUAUGCCCCGGUUGGAUGAAAUUAAAGAUGUUUCUCCUGAGAACAAGAGGCAGAGGACUCCCACAUUUAACCAGCUUACAGGCCCUUAUCAUGAACCAUUUUGCUUGGACAUUUACAUAUCUAAAGGCUCUGUUCGUGCUUGCAUUGUUCAUAGGGUAACUAGCAAGGUUGUUGCAGUGGCACAUUCCAUUUCUAAGGAUAUGAAGUUUGACCUGGCUUCUACCAAGAACAAGACCACCUGUGCUGCUGUGGGUGCCAUUCUGGCUCAGAGAGCACUGGCUGAUGAUAUUCAUGACGUUAUUUACACUCCAAGAAAAGGAGAAAAGCUUGAGGGAAAGCUUCAUAUUGUUCUCAAGUCUAUCAUUGGCAAUGGCAUUAAUGUGAAGGUAAAGAUUAAGCAAAGAUUCAAGAGAUAACAUGCUAGUUCUAUUAACAUUAUCCACUGGUGGAUGGAUUUUAAGCAUUUUGCAACUAUGAAGCGCCAUUUUUUUUAUCCCACCCUUGUAACAUGUGAACAAAGUUUAGUAUUUAAAUAAAAUUGCGUGCACUUCAGUCUUGACCCUAGGUAAACCA